AAUAAAAUCUUCCCGUACAGAAAUCGGACUUGGGUCACCUGAAGGCGACCGUGACGCACCUAACGGCUAGAUGCAUACGCAAGCCGAUCUGUAGCAGAAUUCGAUAACGUAUUAUCAUAGACGGGGCUUUUUCCAACGCUUUCUGGCCUUGGUAGGUUGGCGGGUGCUCUUGUGUGGUUUGCCCCUUUGUUCCUAUCAAACACCUACAACUGUAAUCAUCUCUCCGCCUUCUCUCUUGUGUCUGUUACUCUUUUGUAAAACCUCUAAUCUGUGGCACUCACAUAACCUUUUUGUUGUGCAAGCUCUUACGAAAACCUGAACGUUUACUAACGCUAUGUUUUCUCCUCUUUCGCUCGCCAGAGCCUUUAGUGCGAUAUGACGUCCACAAGUCCCAGGUCCCGGUCUGAAGGUAACGGCGCCCUCCACAGCGCCAGGCCCGAUGACAAACCCGACCUCGAGGGGAACGUCGACUCCGACGACUACGACACCGAACUCCCAGACAGCGCCGAGCAGCCUCUUCACCCCGAGGAGCCGGCCAAAAACGGCAAACAUGUCGUCUACGAGGGGAGCGACGUAGACGGGAAGGAGGAGGAAGGCGGGGAUGACACUCCCAAAGCUCCGGACGGCGGCUACGGUUGGCUGGUCGUCCUGGGAUGUUUUCUGAGUCACGUGAUCACGGGUGGGUUUGAGCGCAGUGAUGGCGUCUUUUUUCUUCAGUUCCUCUCUCGCUAUGGGAUGAGCGCCCAGCUCACAGCCUGGCCGGGGGCGCUGGUCUCCACCAUACGACUCUUUCUAGGCCCCGUGUCCAGCGCCCUGGGCAACAGGUUCAGCAUCAGGUCCACUACGAUGGUGGGUGGCAUUUUAAUCGCAAUAGGAUUCAUCCUGACGAGUCAAUCGCCCAACUUUUACUUCCUGUUCUUCUCCCACGUCUUCGUGCACGGCAUCGGGAGGGGUUUGGCCUACGCCCCUGGUUUAAUCAUCGUGGGUAUGUACUUCGACAAGCGCAGGGGCCUCGCUGCCGGACUGGGCUCUGCGGGUGUUGGGGUCGGGACGUUCCUAGUGGUGCCAAUGGCGCAGUUCGUCUUCGAUACCUACGGCUUUAGUGGUGCCUUUCUCGUCCUUGCCGGCUUUUCCUUCAACAUGCUGCUCGUGGCUAUGCUGUACAGACCGCUAAGCAUGCACUUGCGUUUUACCCGCGUUCGAAACGCCCAGAAGAUGCGCAGAAUAGACACCCAGGAGGGCGUGGUCUUGUCAGAGGCGGCAGAUGUCUGGGACGAUCAGAGUGUCCGCUCGUGGCGGUCACAAUCCGUGUCCAGCGCUCAGCGUUAUGAACCCCCAGCACCGGAGAAAAAGGCUGCAGUGGUAGUUAACAACAGUGUACAGAAGAAUAGCCUGCCUGCCAACCGUAAAGAAAAAGGAUUUUUCAAAUCAGCUUUGGACAUUAUUUUUCCUAUCGAAUACAAAAACAAAAGUAAUCAGACGAAAAAGAAACUAUUCAACUUUCAGCUACUCAAAAACGUACCGUUUCUCCUUUACUGUUUAAGCAUUUGGCUAUUCACGCUUGCUUUCAAGGCGGCUUUUACCUUCCUGCCCGCCCUGGUCAAAUCUCGGGACAUAUCAGAGUCCAAAGCAGCUUUGGUGCUGUCUAUAGCUGGCAUCGUCGACACGUUAGGCCGGAUAGCAGCGGGGCUGUUGCUGGACAGAGAAUUCAUCCGACCGUUCAGGACCAUUCUAUACAACAGCUUCCAGUUCGUGGUGGCUGCGAUCGCUUUCAUCAUGCCCAUGAUGCAAGACUUCUGGGGAUUCGUGGCCAUCGCGUGCCUGUACGCGUGCUUCACGGGCGCCUAUGUCUCCCAGAAGUCGGUUAUCGUGGUGGACAUUCUUGGAAUAGAGCACAUGGCUAGCUCCUUCGGAAUCCUCAUCUGUUUCCAGGGCUUGGGCACCAUGAUGGGACCGCCGCUCUCAGGGGCGCUCAAAGAUCAUUUUGGCUCGUACGACGAAGCGUUCUAUUUAGGCGGGGGCUGCAUGAUACUGGCGUCUUUACUGAUGGUGGCCAGUAACGUGGCUUUGAGCAUGCAAAGGAGGAGAAAAAGCAGGGAGACCAAGGCGGCUGGGUCGUCGGCAGCCUAGGAGAGUAUUCGGCGCUAUUUGCGAAAUCGAAAAGACAUGAGCUGCUCCAAUGUGCUCUGUGGACAGUUACAGGCGCCACGCGCUUGAUUCUAUCAGUUGUUGGUUUACUGAGGAAAACUCGUCUCCAUUGGCCAUGACAACAAUGUUUUACAUUUGCGAACAUUACUCGCCUGGCUGAACGCUACCGGUAAAUGUUCAGUGAUAUCAAAUCGUGAAUACAACUGACAUUUGGUGAGGGAGGUUAUGAAUUUUGUGAAGUUACUGCCUCAGUGAAAGACUUCUACUAUUCAUUUCAGUCACAGCUUUGCUGUUAUGACAGCAAUCAUGUCGGCAACCUCCUCCCCAAUCUAUGAGACCAUGGCUUCGGUUUUUGACGAGUCUAUAAGCAAGGACAUUUUUUCACAAAGGACAAAUCAGUUAUAUUCAGAUCCGGAAAAAGACGGCCCGGAGAAGGUCUUCUGUUCUGGCUGACAUUAUGGUUUGGGACAUAGGGUACAUGCACACAUGUAAAGUAAUCCUAUCUGAGAAAAAUACAUUUGAAUUAAGAGCAGAGCACUUUUCAGUCAAGUAUGAUGUGUGGUUUCCGCUAGGACAGACACGUUUUAAUGAGGUCACACCAAUGUGUGUGCUUAAUUCUCACGGUGACCAAUCGUUUGCUCUGAGAAUCCAGAAAUACCUGGUUCCACACAACUUGUGAGAUUUCCUUUGGCGGAGAUUAUUUGAGUUGUUAUGUUGUUGAGGUGGACACAAUCACGUGACGACAACGCCUUUAACGGCUACGGGGCACCUGAGGUGAAGACACGGCCCCGGUUCAAAGACCGACAACAAUGACCAUGUGUAUACAUUCUAUGCAGUGACCAUGUGUACACAUUCUAUGGAAUGACCAUGUGUAUACAUUCUAUGCAAUGACCAUGUGUAUACAUUCUAUGCAAUGACCAUGUGUAUACAUUCUAUUCAAUGACCAUGUGUAUACAUUCUAUGCAAUGACCAUGUGCAUACAUUCUAUGCAAUGACCAUGUGUAUACAUUCUAUGAAAUGACCAUGUGUAUACAUUCUAUGACAUGACCAUGUGUAUAUACAUACACCUUCUGAUAUACAUGUCUGCCGCACCAAGGUAGACCGACGUGCCUGCACACAUUAUUAACUUUAGCAUCUUUGUUUCAAUGGACGCCUAUACCCAUUCUCCAUCUUGUGUCAAAGGCAGGAAGACGUAUCUGCACUACAGAUAGGAUAUUUCACUGUGGCAAACAGACGUAACUGAAGGGCCACGUCCAUAUUUCCAAAGGCAGCGCGACGUAACUCAAAAUCAUAAAAAGUGCAGAUACGUCGUUGCACCUUGGCACAGCAGAAUCAUUGUGUAACUGAUGGAGAGAUCUCGCUAUUGACUGGAAGACUUAAUAGCCUAACUACUACUGCCACAUUCAUUUUUUAAAAAAUUAUUGAAGGAUAGAUACAAUUUCCAAGGACAAAUUCAUUUAAAACUGACAUUGGUAUAGACAAGGUUACUAAAUUAUAAAAGGACACAUUUUUGUAAAGAAAUAGUGAACGGAACCAUCGACAAUGUAACAGUUGAAAAGAUGUUCACAACAUGUUCCCUUUCCCACAAUGAAAAUACGGCAGGCACAGCAUUAAAAAAACCAACAACUGAAACUCAUUGCUGAGAAAAAGGUCCAAAUAAUCGACCAAAACAUGCCACACGGUUCUUUUUUCCAAAUUUCAAGGGACGUAUUCGAGUUUUUCAUUGAGAAAAAAGGUCUUCACCCGGAACAAAACAUUUUAUAUAGCCGCCACCUUAUCUGAAUUAUUUCGGCAUACUAGUUUUAAAUACAUUAGUUCUUCAAUGCACAAAUACACACCGUGCUUAAUUUUUAA